UACCACCAGAGCUUGGAAAUUUGGGCUCCUUGCAUUAUGCAUUGGAUCUUAGCAGCAAUUUACUUGUUGGAGAAAUACCUUCAAGCCUGUCAAAGCUUACAAUGCUAGAAAUUCUCGACAUCUCUCGUAACCACCUCUCAGGUAGUAUUCCACAAUCAUUUUCCCACCUAAUAAGCAUAAGCUACAUAAAUUUUUCUUACAACAAUUUGACAGUCCGAUCCCAACUGGACUUGUUUUCCAAAAUGCAUCAAAAUGUGUUUAUGAUGGAAAUCUUGGAUUGUGUGGAAAAGCUACAGGACUUAAGCCCUGCAGAAUGCAAAAAAACAAAGCUAGCAAUGUGAUGGAUAAGAGUAGAAAAGGUGCCAACAAUAAUGAAAUGAACAAGUCAUUCAUAUGGGAGAAGGAAGCAAAAUUCACAUUUGGAGAAAUUGUAGAGGCAACUGAAGACUUUGAUGACAAGUACUGUAUUGGGAAAGGAGGUUUUGGUACUGUUUACAAGGCCAUAUUGAGAUCACAUGAGCUAAUUUCGGCAGUUAAGCGGUUGCACGUGUCAGAUUCAAGUGAUAUUUUAGAAGUUAAUCGCAUCAGUUUUGAGAAUGAGAUUCAAACUCUAACCGAAGUCCGACAUCGGAACAUCAUAAAGCUUUAUGGGUUCAUUUCAAGAAAAAGUGAAAUGUACUUGGUGUAUCAAUAUGCAAAAAGAGGUAGUCUUUCUAAAGUAUUAUAUGGCUCAACAAAUCUUGAUUGGGAUUCAAGGGUGGAGAUAGUUCAAGGAUUGGCCCACGCAAUCUCAUACUUGCACCACGAUUGUUCUCCACCAAUUGUCCAUCGCGACGUGUCUUUGAACAAUGUACUACUUGGCUCAGAUUUUGUUCCCAUUCUAUCAGACUUUGGUAUAGCUCAAUUGUUGAUCCCUGACUCCUCCAUUUGGACAAAUGUAGCUGGAUCCUACGGUUAUAUGGCCCCAGAGCUUGCUUUGACCAUGCGUGUGACUGAAAAGUGUGAUGUGUAUAGUUUUGGAGUGGUAGCUUUAGAAAUUAUGAUGGGAAAGCAUCCAGGAGAAUUAUUGGAAUCUUUAUCAUCAUCUCAAUCGAAAAUAUCAUCAGAGAAUAUGCUACUGAAAGAUAUGUUAGAUCAACGGCUAUUACCUCCUACAGGUAGAUUACUAAUGGUUGUGGUGUUGGUGGUGAGCUUGGCAUUGUCAUGUACUAGAAGUAGACCAGAUUCACGACCCACUAUGCAUUUUGUGGCACAAGAACUAUCGACAAGGAGUCGAGCUUCCAUGAUCUCUGUGCCAUUGAGAACCAUUACUAUUGGGAAGCUUUCUACCCUUUACUAUCAGUAGUAGAAAUAAAUAAAUAUUUUUGAGAAGAAGAAGAAUAUGAAGAAUAUUUGCUCUUUAUUGCUUGUGAGUAAUAAUUAUAUGUAUAUGAUUGAAAUAAAAUAAUAAUAAUAAACAUCCAUAAUUUGAGAGUCAAGUAAAUACUCGAUCUCUU